AAAAAAAAAAAAUGUUCUUCAGAUGGAUUUCUCAAAUCUGGACUUCCUUUCUACUCACACUGAUAAAUACUUCAGUGCCUCUUCUCUUCUUAGAAUAUAAAUUGCCUCUUAACUGGUCUCCCUGCCUCUGGUCUUUGUCCUCCACAUUGUUAUCAGUUCUUUGUAAAAUAUAACUUUGGUCUUAUGUAAAGUGACUGUAUUGUUUAUUGUCUGACCCGGACUUCAGCAAAAUAAAGCUCUGUUAGUUAUGCCUGGGGGAAAGGCAUGAACUGGGACUUCCCCAGCAAAUUAGGACAUGCUGUCACUAAUAAUAUACUCGCCUGCUUAAAAAUCUUGAAUAAUUUUUUUUUUUUUUUUUGCCCACAGGAAAGCCAAACACAACAGUUGAGGCCCUGUCUUCUCUUGCUUCUACCCCACAUACACCCUGGCCUUCAGCUACAUGACUUUCUCUUAGUCCCAGAACAUGCUCUCUGAAUGAUGUGGAUCCAGAUUACUCCCAGCUCCCCUUACUAGCUGUGUAACAUUGAGCAGGUUACUUAACCUGGGUUAUCUCAGUUCCUUCUGUAGAAUGAGAAUAAUAGGAGGAUUAAGUGGGAUGACUCAAGGAAAGAAAACCUUUAGCAUAGUGUCAGGAACAUAACACUUAAUAAAAGUUAGCUGUUAAUCUCUGUGAUGUUGGUCAUAUUCCUACAGCUUUACAGAUUUAAAAAGAAGCUUGGAGAUGUAAAGUUGCCCAAGGUCAGUAGCUGAUGGAACAUGUUUUUUCACUGUAUUACAAUUCUCUUAGUGACUUGCUGGUAAGGAGAGUCUUAUUGUAGCUUUCCCACCCUCAAAUACACUGGCACUUGUACUCAAAGAAUGUUGCCUGAGAUGAGACGAUCAAAGAUUUGGAAAGAUACAUGAAAGGAAAAUGUCAAAUCUGGAAAAAGAGUGUCAGGAGAAUUGACUUAAAAUAUUUUGGUUUUGGAGUUGUAUAGAAGAGGGACCUAGGGUGGUUCUGGGAGCAAUAACUGGGCCCACUGACUAAGAUGACAGGAGGCAAAUAUUUCUGCUUACUAUAGUACCUUCAGUAUCUCACUAAACAAAGAGCACUGUCCAACGUGGAACCACUGCCCUUUAGAUAGGCCUGGCGCCAAGAUGCGACUGCGCGACUUCUGGACCUCGAAGCUGUUUGGAACCUGGCCAGGGAUUGCGGAUGGGGUCUACAGACCGGUCGGCGACUCCCUUGCCGCGGCCAGAGGCCUUCGGUUCCAUGCCGUGCACCCCAGCGACCGUGAAGCGCCGCCCGCCCGGAGGGAGGGAAGCCGGGGCCGCGAGACCAAGCAAGUGGGCCAGCGAAGGCGGAGGAAAGCCCGCCGGGCCGGAAGCACCAGGAACUGUUUCCGGGUCAGGGGGAAGGAGCCACCAUGGAGCCUCGCUGGGUUGCGGAGCUGUCGGAGCCGCGGGCCGGCGACUGAAGCGAGAGAGUCGUAGUGCGGCCAGCGCCGCUGGGGACACGCAGGCCGGUCCCGCAGCCGUCAUCAUGUCGGUGCUGGGCGAGUACGAGCGACACUGCGAUUCCAUCAACUCGGACUUUGGGAGCGAGUCCGGGGGUGGCGGGGACUCGGGCCCGGGGCCCAGCGCCGGCCCGGGGCAGCGAGCCGGCGGCGGCGCGGCGGAGCAGGAGGAGCUGCACUACAUCCCCAUCCGCAUCCUGGGCCGCGGCGCCUUCGGGGAGGCCACGCUGUACCGCCGCACAGAGGAUGACUCACUGGUUGUGUGGAAGGAAGUUGAUUUGACCCGACUGUCGGAGAAGGAACGUCGUGAUGCCUUGAAUGAGAUUGUUAUUCUGGCUCUGCUGCAGCAUGACAAUAUUAUUGCCUACUACAAUCACUUCAUGGACAAUACCACUCUGCUGAUUGAGCUGGAAUAUUGUAAUGGAGGGAACCUGUAUGACAAAAUCCUUCGUCAGAAGGACAAGUUGUUUGAGGAAGAGAUGGUGGUGUGGUACCUAUUUCAGAUUGUUUCAGCAGUGAGCUGUAUCCAUAAAGCUGGAAUCCUUCAUAGAGAUAUAAAGACAUUAAAUAUUUUUCUGACCAAGGCAAACCUAAUAAAACUUGGAGAUUAUGGCCUAGCCAAGAAACUUAAUUCUGAGUAUUCCAUGGCUGAGACGCUUGUGGGAACUCCAUAUUACAUGUCUCCAGAGCUCUGCCAAGGAGUAAAAUACAAUUUCAAGUCUGAUAUCUGGGCAGUAGGCUGUGUCAUUUUUGAACUGCUUACAUUAAAGAGAACAUUUGAUGCUACAAAUCCACUCAACUUGUGUGUGAAGAUUGUACAAGGAAUCCGGGCCAUGGAAGUUGAUUCUAGCCAGUACUCUUUGGAACUGAUUCAAAUGGUCCACGCGUGUCUUGACCAGGAUCCUGAGCAGAGACCCACAGCAGAUGAACUUUUGGAUCGCCCCCUUCUCAAGAAACGCAGGAGAGAGAUGGAGGAAAAAGUCACACUGCUUAAUGCACCUACAAAAAGACCAAGGUCAAGCACUGUGACUGAAGCACCCAUUGCUGUGGUAACAUCACGAACCAGUGAAGUCUAUGUUUGGGGUGGUGGAAAAUCCACUCCCCAGAAACUGGAUGUCAUCAAGAGUGGCUGUAGUGCCCGGCAGGUGUGUGCAGGGAAUACUCACUUUGCUGUGGUCACAGUGGAGAAGGAACUGUACACCUGGGUGAACAUGCAAGGGGGUACUAAACUCCAUGGUCAGCUGGGCCAUGGAGACAAAGCCUCCUACCGACAGCCAAAGCAUGUGGAAAAGUUGCAAGGCAAAGCUAUCCGUCAGGUGUCAUGUGGUGAUGAUUUCACUGUCUGUGUGACAGAUGAGGGUCAGCUCUAUGCCUUUGGAUCUGAUUAUUAUGGCUGCAUGGGGUUAGACAAGGUUGCUGGGCCUGAAGUAUUAGAACCCAUGCAGCUGAACUUCUUCCUGAACAAUCCAGUGGAGCAGGCCUCCUGUGGAGAUAAUCAUGUGGUGGUUUUGACACGAAACAAAGAAGUCUAUUCUUGGGGCUGUGGCGAGUAUGGACGACUGGGCUUGGAUUCAGAAGAGGAUUAUUAUACACCCCAAAAGGUAAACUCAGAAGCAGCUUCUGCAUACCAUGAAGUUCCCUACAUAACCUCCUUUACCUUGGCCAAACAACUGUCCUUUUAUAAGAUCCGUACAAUUGCCCCAGGCAAGACUCACACAGCUGCUAUUGAUGAGCGAGGUCGGCUGCUGACCUUUGGCUGCAACAAGUGUGGACAGCUGGGCGUUGGGAAUUACAAGAAGCGUCUAGGAAUCAACCUGUUGGGAGGACCCCUAGGUGGGAAGCAAGUGAUCAGGGUUUCCUGCGGUGAUGAGUUUACCAUCGCUGCCACAGAUGAUAAUCACAUUUUUGCCUGGGGCAAUGGUGGUAAUGGUCGCCUGGCAAUGACCCCCACAGAGAGACCACAUGGCUCUGAUAUCUGCACUUCAUGGCCUCGGCCUAUUUUUGGAUCUUUGCAUCACGUCCCGGACCUAUCUUGCCGUGGUUGGCACACCAUUCUCAUCGUUGAGAAAGUAUUGAAUUCUAAGACCAUCCGUUCCAAUAGCAGCGGCUUAUCCAUCAGAACUGUGGUUCAGAGCUCUAGCCCAGGAGGCGGCGGCGGUGGGGGAGAAGAGGAGGACAGUCAGCAGGAAUCUGAAACUCCUGAUCCGAGCGGAGGCUUCCGAGGAACAAUGGAAGCAGACCGAGGAAUGGAAGGUUUAGUCAGUCCCACGGAGGCCAUGGGGAUCAGUAGUGGGGCCAGCAGCUCCUGCCCUGGCUGGCUUCGAAAGGAGCUGGAAAAUGCAGAAUUCAUCCCCAUGCCUGACAGCCCAUCUCCCCUUAGUGCAGCUUUUUCAGAAUCUGAGAAAGAUACCCUGCCCUAUGAAGAGCUACAAGGACUCAAAGUGGCCUCUGAAGCUCCUUUGGAACACAAGCCCCCAGUAGGAGCCUGGCCACCUCGGCUGAAUUCUGCAGAGACAUGUGCUGGGAAGGCAGCGCCAUUAACUCCUACCUGUGCGUGCAGCACUCUGCAGGGGGAGGUUGAGAGAUUGCAGGGGUUGGUGGUAAAGUGUCUGGCUGAACAACAGAAGCUACAGCAAGAAAACCUCCAGAUUUUUACUCAACUACAGAAGCUGAACAAGAAAUUAGAAGGAGGGCAGCAGGUGGGGAUGCAUUCCAGAGGAACUCAGACGGCAAAGGAAGAGAUGGAAAUGGAUCCAAAGCCUGACUUAGAUUCAGAUUCCUGGUGCCUCCUGGGAACAGACUCCUGUCGACCCAGCCUCUAGUCUCCUGAGCCUGUAUGGCCUCCAGGAAACUGGGAUCCAAAGAACUUCACAGCACACUUACUGAAUGCAGAGAGCGCUUUCCUGGCUUUGUUCACUUGCAGACAAGGAAUGCAAGGCGGAGGCUCUGAAGCACUUUCCGUGUACACUUGGAGAGUGGCAUUGCCUAUUAGAUAGGAUCUAGGAGUGGUUUUGUUUUGGAGAAUGGAAGGGCCCUGUGGCCCUGGCUUUGUCCUCAGUGACUGCCAUAGCAACAGCAGCUCUGUACCUCAUCUGGUGAUCCCACCUUCGAAGAGGAGACACAAUGCUCACCUUAAUUUUGCUGGUAGCAGCUUAUAUCCCAUUUAUCAUUUCACCAUUACUUGGAAGCUGCCUUGGGAAUUCAGCACCAGGCAUUGCACCUCUGGGUGGAGAGAAAAGUGUGAAACUCGAGUGGGCUGGAACCAGGUGGGGCCCAGGCAGGGUCAUCUGGAGAGUGGUAAAGCGGUAAAGGCUUCUCUGGAGCCCUGAGUCUGGGAAAAUAUGUCUGGUGGAGUCGAUCUAGGGCUUGUUUUCAGAAAGUUCAGUUACUUUGCGCAGCUAAAUGCUUUAGGAGGAAAAGUGGGCUUAGAUUGCUUUUCCUCUGAGGGUCAAUUAAAAUGUCUUCAGUGAGGUGGAGAGAAAGAAGGCUAGGGUCCCUGCUCGUCACACAGCUGGGGUUGCCGUCUGUGGCCGAUGCAGGUAGGAUUUCCUGACUUUGUAAGGUACCUCAAAAAGGUGAGGUGUCUCUUAGAAAAUUGAAUCAGUGGGGCAAUAGGAAUGGCCUUAAGAGAAAACCAUGAGGGAGAGAGGUCCUCCUUUAGCUGCCUCUACUUGGUAUCUUAGGAAGGUCUAGAAUGCCUCUGCCUUCGUGGCUUUUAGGGUUCUAACUUUGACUUCAGCAGCCCCAACCACUCCCUUUCUGUAUGUCUAGUCAGUAUUUGUCCCCUUUUGGUGUUUUAUGAAGCUAUAUCAGUGAAUCUGUAUCAUCUUUCCUACUUGAGUGGCCCAAAGCCAGCACCAAAACCUGGUAGUCCCUGAAGCCUCACAGAACAGGUAGAAGCUGCCAAGUGAAAGGAAUUUGGCUGAGAGCUCCAUUCUAAUCCCAUAGUCAUUAUUAUGUCCUUAUAGACAAGGAGCAAGCUAGCUUUCCCAAAGAGAGAGUGUCCUCAAAGCUUUUGAUGGUUUUUACUUAAGGAUGUGAGCUUUGUGUUUUCACCUAACCUUAUGAAAUGUUCCUUUAGUAUUUUGGGUCGUAGGAGUUGCCUUGAUGAGUCUCACAUUCUCCCUCCUUAGAAACCGCUGAAUUAAUUUUUGUUUCAUUUUCCCCAAACCAAAAAAUGAAUGUUUGAUAUCUCUUUAAUAUUUUGGAAGGACCUGUGCAAUGGAAAUUUUGCCAUUGCCCUAAAACUGGUGGGAUAAAGGCUGAUGCUUGGGGAAAACCCCAUGGCUGGGGAUGGGCAACUCUGUUCAAUGGGAUUUUCUUUGGUUUGAUGUUCCCAUUGUUUUCUCAAUUCUGGGAAGCCUAGUACAAUGGUACUAACGUAAUCACUAAAGCCUUUUCUUAAAAUAAGGGAAGGGGCCAACCCCGGAUUAAAGUUACAAGUUCUGGGGACUUGGGGGUUUGCUGUAAACCCCAGCAGUGGGUUUUGGUUCAUCAUGUAAAUGCACCUUUGAUUUUUUUAAGGACUGACUGGCUUUUCACGUUCCUGUAUCCCUUAUACCAUCUCAGCAGGCCUGAGAGGCAGGCUCAGUUUGGGUGUUAAUCCUGAGUAUUGCUUCUGCUGUGGAACUGAGGAACAGGGGCAUGUUGCUGAGACAGGGAUGGAUGUGAGCAUGGAAGGGAGGAGAGAGCACUGCUCUUGUUCCGGAGGGGAGCCAUUCUCUAGCAGGGGAACACUGCUCAUUUUCUCUAGCAUGUUCCCUCGGGAAGUCUAGUUUGCUGUUAAUCUGGCUGAGAAUCUGAGUUCUGUGCCUUAGAGACAAUUUGCACUUUCCCAAUUGUGCCUGGGACAGCCAUAUGAUUUUUCCCACCAAAUAGCUAUGCAAACAGAAACCAGUUCAAAGGUGGCAGCCAUGCAUUUGAUAAAAAUGAAAGGCAGCAGAAAUGCCUUUGAAUGGUUUUCUGUAGCUAAUUCUCUUGAAGUUUGUCCUGCUUUUCUUUCUGCAGUGCUAGGUGUUUCCAGUUUCCCAGUAGUAUUGCUUUUGAGUUAUAGUAUAACCUGAGUUACUCCUCUGCUCUGACAUUGUUGCUGAAGAACUAGCUCAUUGUUAGCCAGAUGUUUGAAAGGUUGAGGGUGGAGUGGUUUGGCAUUUCUGUUUUAAAUAAACAUUUAAACUCUCAAUCAGUGCUAUGCCUGCGCAUGGACCUUAGUUACUGGGGAUGAAACACCCAGAUACGAGGCCUUCGUGAAUCUUUGAUUCAAUGAGUCUUUAUCUAAAUAAAUAAAAGACCUUGUAACAGAAACAACACAAGGGACAUGUGCACAGAUAAUCUUUGCUUUUUUUUCCAGCUUCUUUUUCUUGCUAACAAUCAUUUGUGCUGCUAUAACUUUUUUCCCCCCAAACUUCUCAAAUACAGUGCUUAAAGUGCAGAGGGAGGAAAAAAAUGAGCCACUGAAAGAGGAAGGAGCAUUUCUUGUACUCACCUCCUCAAUCACAGUGGGCUUUUUCAAGUGAUAAUGUGUAUCUGUGUUUACAAAACUGUUUUCCCUCAAAGAGGGUGAACUGUAUUUGGUCCCCCCGGCAUAGCACAGCCAAGUUAUCACUUCUCUUGGCUGAGCAUUUCACUAAAGUGUAAAGUAAAAGCGGCCUUAAACUCACAUUUCAUUUGAUUUGCCAUAUAUUUGGAAACAUCCAUAAUAGAAAGAACAACUCUGGAGCAAGGAUGUAUUAUAAAUAAAUUCUUUCAAAUGAGUA